AAAUCAAUUGAUUGGGAAGUAAUUUCACGUGGUCGUUACUCUUGGAAAUCACAAGAAUAUCAAGAUUUAUGUGUACAGUUGAAUGGUACAUGGAUAGGCAAAAGUUGUCGAUCAUUUUAUGUACCAGAUGUGUUCUUCUUUUCAUGUAUCCUAUUUUUAGCAACAUUUAUAUUAGCUUAUACAAUGAAAUCAAUGCGAAAUUCAUUAUUCUUUCCUACUCGUGUAAGUGAAAUUUGA